UGCAGGAACCGGUUCAAGUCUCCUUCUCUGUGGGGGCGCGGAGAGAAAACAGCCCCAGCUGGGCGCCGAAGCGUCGGCCUCUCUCCGUGGCUCGCGUCGUGCUCCGGACACUCGGCCCCAGUCCCCAGCACCCGAGCCCUGCUUUGGGUCCACUCCUCUUCCGGCAACAGACCCAUGGCCCAGCGUGGGGAACUCGACCUGACCGGCGCCAAGCAGAACACCAGAGUGUGGCUGGUCAAGGUUCCUAAAUAUUUGUCACAGCUGUGGGCUAAAGCCCCUGGAAGAGGUGAAGUGGGGAAACUGCGGAUUGCCAAGAAUCAAGGAAGGACUGAGGUGUCAUUUACUUUGAAUGAGGAUGUUGCAAGUAUUCAUGAUAUUGGUGGAAAACCAGCUUCAGUCAGCGCUCCUAGAGAACAUCCAUUUGUCUUGCGAAGGGUUGGAGGGCAAACAUUAACAGUAUUUACUGAGAGCUCAUCAGAUAAGCUUUCAUUGGAAGGAAUAGUGGUACAAAGAGCUGAAUGCCGACCUGCUGCAAGUGAAAACUACAUGAGAUUAAAGAGACUGCAAAUAGAAUCUUCUAAACCUGUACGGCUAUCACAACAACUGGACAAAGUUGUGACAACCAAUUACAAACCUGUUGCCAAUCAUCAAUACAAUAUUGAAUAUGAAAGGAAAAAGAAAGAAGAUGGCAAACGAGCUCGAGCUGAUAAACAAGAUGUUUUAGACAUGCUAUUUUCGGCUUUUGAGAAACAUCAGUAUUAUAAUCUUAAGGACUUGGUGGACAUCACAAAACAGCCUGUGGUCUACCUGAUGGAAAUCUUAAAAGAAAUUGGUAUUAAGAAUGUGAAAGGGAUCCACAAAAACACAUGGGAGCUGAAGCCAGAGUAUAGACAUUAUCAAGGAGAAGAAAAGAGUGAUUAAGAAGACUCCAAGCCAGCAUGCUAACAGAACAACUAAGGGUGAUGUGUUAAGCAUACGGCAUUGAUACUUGAACUGGAGCACCAUGUGUUAUAGGGGCAAAAUGACUGAAACUUUAAUUUCUCUAGGUAAAUUUUAUAAACAAUAAUUCUUGAAAAAUUACUAAAGUGGUUUUUUUGGUGUCUUCUUUUUUUGAGGAGAAAUAAACUUAUUUAUAGACUUAACUUGUAUUAAACUAGAUUAUUCAUGAUGGGGUUAGGAGUUGGGGGUUAAGAGGUUCUGUAAUUAAAGCAAAUCAAGGAAAUAACUACCCAUUGAGAUAAAUCUUUUUCUGUAUUAUUUGUUUUCUUAACAGAACACUAGAAUGCUGAGGUUGAGUAUCACUGUACUAGGAAAAAUUUUUAUCCUUGCAUCCUCUUUGUAAAGUAAAAUUCUGAUUAAGGAAGAUGGUCUUAUUUCCUACCCUGCCUCCAGUUGUCUUAUCCUGCAUUGUUCUGGUGCAGGAACCAAAUCUUGUUUCACCAUUGCCCUCCAGUUCCUAAUUAUUUGAGGCUGAGUGUCAAGAAGCAGAUAGAUAAUGGUGUGAUAAAUCUGUAUACAACUGAUAAUUCUGGAUGCCUGUCAUGCUUGUUUUGUAGCACAUAUCUUCCCCAAAACCCUGUCUUUUUAUGUGUAGACUGCCCUGAAAUACCUGGGUCAUCUACCCCUGCCUUUUGUUUUUGUGGUGACAGUGUCUGCCAGAUGCAGUGUUCCCAUCAGAGCUAUGUCAUUUGAAGUUAUGCUGUGGUAUUUCUUCAAACCUGGUUUUUUGAGCUUAAUUUUAGUUACCUUUUACCUCAUCACACUAUCUGCUUGAGUUUUUUAAACACUUAGUUUAGAGUUUCUUAAACACUUGUUACCUUUUCUAUAGGAUAGCUAAUCUAUGUGGUAGACUGGUGUUAUUCCUGAUUAAUUUUUUGGAAUUGCUUUCUCAUUCAAUACUAAAAUAUGGCGGUUGGUCAUGGAUGAGACUCCCUUCAACCUGGGUUUCCACCUUCUUUUAUUUCAGGACUCUCUAGUGAAAGGGCGAGGACUA